AAACUGAAACGUCUGCACCGAUAGUCAAGUGCCCCACCAUGUCGGUCCAGGCUCUUUAUCUACCUCCCCUCCGAUGCCAUGCAACAAUCCGAAGUGCUCGUCCACAUCUCCGCCCCCAGCACCGUGGCCGAUGAUGCCAGCUACCGCGCUCAAGUCGAAGCGAUCCUCGCUUUUCAACCUUUCUCUCGUCAGCUCAUAACCUUACGAUCUUAUGACAGCGAAGCCAUCCCCGCUGUAACGGAAGCCGGUCCCUCCUAUACCCAGGAAGAACACAAUGCCAGCUCUUCUACACUCAAGCCUCCAGACCCUGGAGCAGCUUCACCAGCCCAGCGACCAAGUCAACAUGACAAGGACUCGCUCGGAACCCCCCUGAGUGUCAUUCCCGAUUCUCAGCCUGAGCGAAUUCCCCCGGAGCCAGUCGACUUGCAGGAGAUUGCCCUUCCCCAACCAAGUCCAACACCUCGUCGCAAAUCGACCGAUACAAAUGGCCUACCUCUUACGAAGCGAAGCCGUCUAGACUCCCUUCCACCAGCCAACGGUACAACACCCCCGGACGAGCAUCUCAACAACCUCAGCCCACCAAACAACGACGCCGCCACCAAAGAAGCCGCACCCAAAACACACCAAGACACCACGACCUUACACCUCCCCCUAGAAAUCAAACCAAACCCACCUCCCAUAUCAACAAACCCCUUCACAACCCACAUAACCCCGACCUUAAAAAUGCUCUCCACCCGCCUCAACCCUUCCCGCACAUACACUCCCUUCCAACAAACCCGACCCCUCGACGACCUCGAAAGAGGACACUGGUACCUCCGCCUCAAUCUCACCGACACCCUAAACCCAAAGCCACCCUCCAGCACCACCUGGGACAUGCCACUCUUCACGCGCUUCUGGACCUUCCUAACGGAUUUCAUCGCGAAAGAAGGCCGCGCUGGCUGGGGCGUCUGGUGCAUUCUGGAGGAUGAUGGCUCAGAUAAACCCGCACCGUCGCCUCAGAAUGGACUCGAGGAUGGUGGGGUGGAGAAACCAACAAGACCAGUGAGUCUCAAGGUCUACGCAUGGGGCGAGAUAGCCUCUCAUAUAUACCUGCUUUUAUUCCUGGCGAGUGAGCGUCGCGUUCGCAGGAUGGGACUGCAGUGGCGUGAUAGUGCAGAUGAUGUCGUCAUUCAGAUGCCGUAGGA